CGUUUCGCCAUUUUCCUCUUCUACACCGGUGCUACCGCUGGCAGCUACGUCGUCGCCCCGCUCUCCGCGUCUCGACCAGCCCCCCGACAAGAACAAGCGGACGGCGGCAGAGGACAACCCCCUCGACGAGAAGAUAGUCCGCCUUGUAGCCGUGUGUCCCCCCCGAGAAAGAGAGCGAGGAUGUCUUCCCAGGAGAGCCCCGAGUACGCGCCCUUCUUCGCCGUGAUGGGAGCCUCUGCGGCCAUGGUCUUCAGCGCACUAGGAGCAGCAUACGGGACAGCGAAGAGUGGCACGGGGAUUGCUGCCAUGUCCGUGAUGCGGCCAGAGCUCAUCAUGAAGUCCAUCAUCCCCGUGGUCAUGGCAGGAAUCAUCGCCAUCUACGGCCUAGUGGUGGCUGUGCUGAUAGCAAACAACAUUUCUGAGAGAAUCACCCUUUACAAGAGUUUCCUGCAUCUUGGUGCCGGUCUGAGCGUGGGCCUGAGCGGUCUGGCAGCCGGGUUCGCCAUCGGAAUUGUGGGCGACGCUGGCGUUCGGGGCACUGCCCAGCAGCCCCGGCUUUUUGUGGGCAUGAUCUUGAUCCUGAUCUUCGCCGAGGUGCUGGGGCUUUAUGGCCUCAUCGUGGCCCUCAUCCUAUCUACAAAAUAAGUGUCUGCAUCAAACACCAUCUCAUUCAUUCCACAUCAAAGCAGCAAGAACAAAUAGGAGAUUUCCACCUACUUCCAUUACACCCGUGGGUCUGACAGGAUGGGAUGGCGACAGAAACAUGUUGGCGGUCGACUUUGACAGCCGUGUCCCCAGUAGAUGUGAUCUAUCCAUAUUGUUUUACGCCAUCCAGUUGUGUCAGGUCCUUUGUGUACAAAAUGGGCAUGAAGAUGUAUUGGUUGUUGUGGGAUGAUGUGUGGACAGUCUGCCUGGUGUGUUGUCUGAUCUUAACCUGUACAGUGAUCCAGAGUCCCUUCACCUCUGUAAAUGUAGUAACCAGUCUGUGCUGUGAGUGUGAGUAUACAUGUUUAUCCCUUGGCCCUUUCCCCUCCUUCUGAUUUUUUGUUUUAUGUUGGUGGUUUUGAUUGUUCUGUUUUGAAACUGCUGAAAAAUCGUGCACAUUAGUAUUUUAUUUUUUUCAUGUUCUUUUUGGGGACCAUUUUUUGAAUCAGGAGUUGUCAAGAGAUAUUUUUUUUUCACUAUUUAUGGAAAGUUAUGAAGAUUUUGACUCAAUGAAACUGUCUAAAUGGAAAACUGUUAAUAUUAAAAUACCCUAUAUACAUAAAAAUACAUAUGAAUUAUCUGUGUAUAGUUAGAUUACAUGCACUGUGGGUAAUUGUUCAAAGUGCUUGGAAUUCCUCUGGAUGUAGUGUGAUUAUUGGUGUGUGUGUGUGUGUGUGUGUGUGUGUGUGUGUGUGUGUGUGUGUGUGUGUGUGUGUGUGUGUGUGUGUGUGUGUGUGUGUGUGUGUGUGUGUGUGUGUGUGUGUGUGUGUGUGUGUGUGUGUGUGUGUGUGUGUGUGUGUGUGUGUGUGUGUGUGUGUGUGUGUGUGUGUGUGUGUGUGUGUGUGUGUGUGUGUGAGUGAGCAGCGUGCGUGUAUGACUUGCGUCUACGACUUGCGUCUACGUGUGAGAGUGGAUUUAUGUUUAAUAUGACAUUCACUUGUAUCGUUUACCUGUAGUGCUGCCGUCUUUUUUGUUUUUUUGAUUUUUGUUUAAGGUGAGAGGUCACUGUUCAGCCAUGCCUGUCAGAUUUCCAAAUAAAACUCAACCUCCUCCAGAA